GAGUGUUCGGCCCAAUACUAUGUUGGAUCGUCGUUUCCCGCGAUCUCUCCUCCGUAGAUUAUCUCUACAUUUUACUACUUUCUCCAAUAAAGUUGAUCGACUCUCUGAAGAAGCUCGAGGUCAUCGGUGAACGCCAUGGCAUUUUGGUGGACUCUGCUUGUAAUAGGAUUUGCUUACGCGAUCUGUAGGUUACUCUUGAUGCUCAUCCCUCCGAAUGUGCCUUCAAUCGAAGUUGACGCAUCUGAUGUGAUGGACGACGGUAAUCAGACGCAGGAGAAUAGCUACAUCUACAUUCCACCUAGAGUAAGGACACAGCAGCAAGACAAGCGAGUCCAAUGUUACGAGCCUGCAACUAUGAAAUACCUGGGCUAUUUUCCUGCAUUGUCACGAGACGAGGUCAAUGAUCGUGUUGCUUCAGCCAGGAAAGCACAGAAAGAAUGGGCCAAAAGUAGCUUUAAGCAAAGGCGUUUGCUCUUACGCAUACUUUUGAAGUAUAUAAUUGAACAUCAAGAGCUUAUUUGCGAGAUCUCCUCCCGUGACACUGGAAAGACAAUAGUGGAUGCUAAUAUGGGAGAAAUAAUGGCAACAUGUGAAAAGAUUACUUGGCUUCUUUCAGAGGGUGAGAAAUGGCUGAAGCCUGAGAGCAGAUCAUGUGGAAGGGCAACACUUCACAAGAAAGCUCGCGUAGAAUUUCAUCCCCUUGGAGUUAUUGGUGCAAUAGUCCCAUGGAACUAUCCAUUUCAUAACAUUUUCAAUCCAGUGCUUGCGGCAGUUUUUGCAGGAAAUGGCAUUGUAGUUAAGGUUUCAGAACAUGCAAGUUGGUCAGGAUGCUUCUAUGUCAGGAUUAUCCAAGCUGCACUUGCUGCUGUUGGAGCUCCUGAGAGUUUGGUCGAUGUGAUAACAGGGUUUGCUGAAACAGGUGAAGCUCUAGUAUCUUCAGUAGACAAAAUGAUAUUCGUUGGAUCUACUGGUGUGGGUAGGAUGAUAAUGAAAAGUGCUGCUGAGACACUCAUUCCAGUUACUCUUGAGUUGGGUGGAAAGGACGCAUUUAUCGUGUGUGAGGAUGUAGAUCUUGAUCAUGUUGUAAACGUUGCUCUCAGGGCUUCUAUUACAUCAAGUGGACAUAAUUGUACUGGAGCUGAGAGAUUUUAUGUCCACAAGAACAUUUAUUCUUCGUUUGUGGAUAAAAUAUCAGAACGUGUAAAGGCUAUUACAGUUGGUCCACCAUUAGCUGGGAAGUAUGAUAUGGGUGCCAUCUGUACGCAAGAGCAGUCUGAGAAACUUCAAAGCCUCGUAAAUGAUGCCUUAGACAGGGGGGCAAAAAUUGUUGCUCGUGGAACUUUCGGACAUUUACCUGAAGGUGCCGUUGAUCAAUAUUUUCCACCUACCGUUAUUGUUGACGUCAACCAUACCAUGAAAUUAAUGCAAGAGGAGGCAUUUGGACCAAUCCUGCCCAUAAUGAAAUUCAGCACAGAUGAUGAGGCCGUGAGGCUUGCAAAUGAUUCAAGAUUUGGGCUCGGCUGUGCUGUCUUUUCUGGCAGUCAGCGUCGUGCCAAGAAUAUUGCUUCGCAGAUACGUUCUGGAAGUGUUGCAAUUAAUGACUUCGCCACAAAUUAUUUAUGUCAGUCCUUGCCAUUCGGUGGCGUGAAAGAGAGUGGAUUCGGUCGAUUUGCGGGCGUUGAAGGAUUACGAGCUUGUUGUCUCGUCAAAGCAGUUGUUGAAGAUAGGUGGUGGCCAUACAUUCAGACUAAGCAUCCUAAGCCUCUUACGUAUCCUGUGGCAGACAAUGCUUUCGAGUUUCAAAUGUCGCUCGUUGAAGCAACGUACGGGCUGAACAUAUGGGAUCGAUUGAGAGCAUUGGUCAAUGUCCUAAAGAUGCUUUCCGAGCAGAACACUCCGGCUAAAGACAACUCUGCCGUUGAUGAUGGAAGUAAGAGAGCUGAUUGAGGGGAUAUUGGAUUUGCAAUAGAUUAUAAUAUGUUACAUUCACCUAGAAGAUGGUGUUCUUGGAGGUACUUUUAGAAUUUUCCUCUUUAUUUAGUACUUUUUGUUUUGAUUAUAACCAGGGUUCUAAAGUGCUUAACAACCUAGUACUUUUGAUGUUUGAUUAUGUAAUUUUGGAAGUGCUUACUUGAGCUGAUGAGGCAAAAGCACCAUUCAAAUGCUUACUAUAACAUAAGCAUUUUAAGGUGCUUUUUAUUUGUUUUUCCAAGCACUUUUUUAUGUUUCUAAAUGAUUGAAAAUGGGAAGUAUUUGGCUUUGC